CCUGCCUCAUGGAGGCCCUGGAGGACAAGCGGGUCCGGUUACAGCCAGAGUGCAAAAAACGCCUUAAUGACCGCAUUGAGAUGUGGAGCUUUGCUGCCAAGGUGGCCCCCGCAGAAGGCUUUUCGGACCUCGCCAUGCAAGUGGUAACAUCUCCAUCCAAGAACUACAUCCUGUCUGUGAUCAGCGCGGGCAUCUGCGUCCUGUUCCUGAUUGGUCUGAUGUGCGGGCGUAUCACUAAGCGAGUGACACGAGAACUGAAGGACAGAUCCAUAUAUUGGAUUUGAAACAAACACGCACGCACUGAACAACUUGGAAUGGCAUAGCAAGGUUAUGUUCAGUGCUCUUCUUGCAGCUUUGAAAAGCAGCCAUCGGAGAGAUGGUAAAGGAUUAAAAAAAAAAAACAGCAAAUGUUGGCUGAUCUUGGUUCUUUUUAAAAAUGUAAUAUUACGAUGAUUUUUUUGUAAAUUGUUUUUUUUUCUUAUCUAUGUACAAAUUCUUGGCCAUUCUUUGUUUUUACAUGUUCAUGCUGUGUAAUUUUGAAUUGUUAACUGAAAUACUGAACAUAAUGUGCAUUUUUCUGUACAGAUGAAAUGGGAGAAUUUAAUAAAAAAGAGUCUGCAGGUUUUAUGGUU